GCCAUUAGCACUAAUGUCUAUGUUGUAGGUUGAAAUGAAAUUCAGGUUAAAAGGAUUUUAACCUAGUUUUAUUCUUAAUAAUUUAUUUCCUUUGUCUUCUAACCCCAAUUAUUCAAUGGUCCACGAGUAAUUAGGGUUAACAGACAAAGGAAUUAUUAUAAAUAUUUUCAUUUUCACCUGAAUUUACUUUUUGACCUACAAUAUCUACAUACAUGUACAUGUGUGAACCUAGUACACUGAUUGUUUUAAUUCGCUCCAAGGGAAUAACUUAUUUUAGAGUGACUUGGUUACCUAUUUUGUCUCUGUAUUCAAUGAGUUUUGUUUGUAUGUACUUUGUUUGUAGGGAAAUCUCUAAGUGCUCCUGUUUGUUACGAUGUCAGCACCUGAAAAUAACAGGGAUAGCAGUUCAAACCAGGAAUCCCAGUCCAAGACCCAAGAUACAGAUGCUUUUAAAAAAGGCAAACCCAGUUACCUUGAACUAGAUGAUUUGGCAGGACAGAUUGGUAAAGUGUGGAAGAGACUGGGAAUUCGCCUUGGCAUUCCUGAUGAUGUAUUGGACGAUAUAACUGCUAAUGCAGAAGAUAAACCACUUGAGAUGUUACUUUGCUGGACAAAUACAACAACUUCGGCUACACCUUAUCAUGACCUCUACAAUGCCUUGUGUCAUAGUAGAGUUGGGUUGAAUAACUUGGCCAAAGAAUUUUGUUACAUACCAGCUGGGAAGAGAGAGUUGCCACGUUCAAGUAACUAUCCAGAUGCUAAACAACCUAGGUUUGCAGGUACUGUUGUCAGCGAUAAUUGUAGUUGUAUGGCGUGCUGAAGCCCAUUGUCAUGCUGUGAUGCUGUUCUUUGUGAUGGAAUUUAACUUCAGCUUUGCGAUGAAAGUCAAUUGGAAUUCUCAGUCCUGACUGACACUUUCUCCAUGUACAUGUAAAUAUUGUUAUCGUUAACUCCAUUUCAAGAGAAUUUGUUUAAGAAGUCAGGCUUAAAUCUCAUCUCCUCUUCCCCCUAUCUAACCAGGCUGAAAUUCUCCAUGUUUUCACUCCUUAGUAUCAGCUAAAAACUUAUAUGCUCUUUAAACAUGAAACUGUCCCUUGCACCCUUGAAAGCAGGCUUUGAAAUAUUCAUUUUGGUACAUUUCGUAUCUCAAAAGUCAACAGAAAAAAAUUAACCAAUCAAACAGUUGGAUUAAAAGUUGCUGAGGCUCAUUAACCCAUUGACUCCUAACCAAUCAAACUAGCUUUGAGGGAGAAUGGAUUUUGUGUCACUUGAGACACCAUCAGCUUUGGCAUGAUGAUUGUAUUCUGGGUAAUUUCUUAAUUAUCUGUUGUUGUUUUUCAGUUGUUUAUUCGUCUUUAAUGUCAAAAGAAUUAUAUUAUAUUACAUUUUUAUAUAUUUUUUUCAGUUUAGCCUAAAACAAAGCACAGGGUUUUCUUUUUUUACCGCCGGUAUAGUAAAAACAAAGCUUGUGGCUUAGGAGUGUCAUGGCCCUUGUGUACAAAAUGGCAUGCUUAAUUGCUGGUGUGCUCGUGAAAUGCAUUGUGGGCUAUGGCACUCCAAGGCCAAAUGGUAUAUUCUUGUUUGUUUGUCUGUUUGUCUGCUUUUUGUUUGUUUUUGUUAUACCAUAUACUUUUAUUUUAGGUUAAAUUGAAAUACCGUAAAUCCUCG